CUCCCGGGUCUGACCCUAUACCGGCAGCACACCUAGGCAGCCACACGCUGCGGCCCGUCCCUAGCAGUGCACCCCGGUGACCUGCUACCAGAGCGGACGCCAGCAGUGACUGCCCCGGCCUUGUUUACCAGUAACCGGGGAGUCCCGGUGCAGGCGCACACUGUCAUGACGCGCCGCGGCCGGCAGGGGGCCUCGGUGCUGCCAUGUUGCUGUGUGCCCGGCAGGGGGCCCCGUGUUGUCAUGUAGUGUGUGUGCACGUACGUGUGUGUGUGUGAGAGUGUGGGCGCCGCACGGACUUGUUGAUGGUGAAAGUUUUGCAGGAAGGGAAGCGGCGGCCGCGGCACGGUGUGAGCAGCGCCUGUGGGUCCCGGAAGCCGCUGUGAUGGGCAUGCCGGUGCCAGGAGAGUGGCUGUGCGGGUAGAAGUUGUGUGUCCGCCCUGUGUGUGCCGGUGACUCCCCGCUGUGUGUGCUCCCGGCAGCUGCAUGAGUGUCUAGCCAGGUGCUGUCCUGCGGGGUGCGGCUGUGUUUGACCCGUGUUCCCCCUGGUGUCUCCCGCUGGCGGGCCCAGCUGUCUAUGAGCGCCCCCCCGGUGAUCCGGCCGCCCAGCCCCGCGGGCCCCGGCCUCUCUCUACAAAUCCAGAUCGGCCUGAGCCGGGAGCCCGUCCUACUGCCCGAGCCCGGGGAGCUCAGCCUGGGGGCCGUGCGAGAGAUGGCCUGCUCCAUCGUGGACCAGAAGUUUCCAGAAUGCGGAUUCUAUGGGAUGUACGACAAGAUCCUCUUGUUCCGUCAUGACCCAACAUCAGAAAACAUCCUGCAGCUGGUGAAAUCUGAGGCAGACAUUCAGGAGGGAGAUCUCAUUGAAGUGGUGCUGUCAGCCUCUGCAACUUUCGAAGAUUUCCAGAUACGCCCACACACACUGUAUGUCCAUUCGUACCGUGCUCCAGCUUUCUGCGACCACUGCGGAGAGAUGCUGUGGGGUCUGGUGAGGCAGGGCCUCAAAUGUGAGGGGUGUGGCCUCAACUACCACAAGCGAUGUGCAUUCAAGAUUCCGAACAACUGCAGUGGGGUCCGGAAGCGAAGACUGUCAAAUGUGUCACUGACUGGAUUAUCCAGCAUACGCACCGUGUCUGCAGAACCUGUCUCCUGCUCCUUAGAAGAGCCAUUGCUGUCUCCACUCCUCAGUCCCAACUAUGAGCAAAAGUCUCCAUCCGAGUCCUUUGUGCGAGAGAAGAGGUCCAGCUCCCAGCCUUACCCUGGUCGCCCCAUACAGCUUGACAAGAUUCUCCUCACCAAGGUCAAAGUGCCUCACACGUUUGUCAUUCACUCCUACACCCGGCCAACAGUGUGCCAGUACUGCAAAAAGCUGCUAAAAGGUCUUUUCCGACAAGGGCUGCAAUGCAAGGACUGCAAAUUCAACUGUCACAAGCGUUGUGCAACUAAAGUGCCUCACAACUGCCUCGGGGAGGUAGCCAUCAACGGAGACUUGCUGAGCCCUGGAGCCGAGUCAGAUGUGGUGAUGGAGGAGGGAAGCGACAAUGAGAGUGAUCCAAGCAGCCGGCUGAUGGAAGACAUCGAUGAACCGCUAACUCCUGACUCUGAUAGCAUCAUGACUGGUUACCGGAGUGAGAAUGGUGACAUGCAGGACACAGACCAAGAUCAGGACACAUCAGAUCGUAUGAUCAGCCCCUCAGCCAGUAAUAACAUUCCCUUGAUGAGAGUGGUUCAGUCUGUCAAGCAUACAAAGCGGAAAAGCAGCAGUGUUAUGAAGGAAGGUUGGAUGGUGCAUUAUACUAGCAAAGACACCUUGAGAAAGAGGCAUUACUGGAGACUGGACAGCAAGUGUAUAACCUUAUUUCAGAAUGAUACUGGAAGCAAAUACUAUAAGGAAAUCCCUCUUUCUGAGAUCCUAUGCCUGGAACCUGCUAAAAACCUGACCCUGCUCCCCCCUGGUGCUAAUCCUCACUGUUUUGAGAUCACGACUGCCAAUAUUGUCUAUUAUGUGGGGGAAAGCCUGCCCCUCCAGAUAGCACCUGAGAUUGGAAAUAACGGUAUUGUGAACAGCGGAGUGGGUCUGGAUGUGGCCUGUAUGUGGGAAGUAGCCAUACAGCAUGCCCUGAUGCCCGUGAAUCCCAAGGGAGCAAAUGGAGGGAGCAGCCAGCACAGGGAUGUAUCCGUCAGUAUUUCUGUAUCCAAUUGCCAGAUUCAGGAAAAUGUGGACAUUAGCUCUGUGUAUCAGAUUUUCCCAGACGAGGUUCUUGGUUCGGGACAAUUUGGAAUUGUAUAUGGAGGGAAGCACCGGAAGACUGGGCGAGAUGUGGCUAUAAAAAUAAUUGAUAAGUUGCGUUUUCCUACCAAGCAGGAGAGCCAGCUGCGGAACGAGGUUGCCAUCUUACAGAACCUGCAUCACCGUGGAGUGGUGAACCUAGAGUGCAUGUUCGAGACCCCGGAACGAGUGUUUGUGGUGAUGGAGAAGUUACAUGGGGACAUGCUGGAGAUGAUCUUGUCCAGUGAGAAGGGAAGGUUACCAGAGCGCAUCACCAAAUUCCUUGUCACACAGAUCUUGGUAGCACUGCGUCACCUUCACUUCAAAAAUAUUGUCCACUGUGACCUGAAACCAGAAAAUGUGCUGCUUGCAUCAGCGGAGCCCUUUCCUCAGGUGAAGCUGUGCGAUUUUGGCUUUGCACGUAUCAUUGGCGAGAAAUCAUUUCGCCGCUCAGUAGUUGGGACUCCAGCCUACUUGGCCCCAGAAGUGUUGAGGAAUCGCGGCUACAACCGAUCUCUGGACAUGUGGUCUGUGGGCGUGAUCAUCUAUGUCAGUUUGAGUGGAACGUUCCCUUUCAAUGAGGAUGAGGACAUUCAUGACCAGAUCCAGAAUGCAGCCUUUAUGUACCCACCAAACCCUUGGAGAGAGACCUCACCUGAUGCCAUUGACCUCAUCAACAACCUCCUGCAAGUGAAGAUGAGGAAACGCUACAGCGUGGACAAAACCCUCAACCACCCCUGGUUACAGGAUUACCAGACCUGGUUGGAUCUCCGCGAACUGGAGUGCAAGAUAGGGGAGCGCUACAUUACCCAUGAAAGCGAUGACCCCCGCUGGGAGAUGUAUGCCGGGGAUCACUGUCUCCAGUACCCUCCGCAUCUCUUGUCCCCGCCAUCCAUAGAACCUGAAGACGCAGAAAUGAGGGCUCUGGGAGAAAGAAUCAGCAUUCUCUGACAUGCCGUGUCUAUUCCCCUCUGCUAACAGAGACGAACAAUACGGAACGGAGGCAAAAGGCACAUUUUAGAUGUUGAAUGUACAGUAUUCAUCAAUCUGGCUGUGUGCGUCACUCCACAAGUCUUUCUGAUACCUCUGGGCUUUCUCUCUUCCGCCAUCCUUUCUAGUCAAUCCUUUCAGAAGAGCCCUAAUGAAGACACCCCAUCGGAGCAAUGUGCAAGAGGCCACCUCUUAUGUUAUGAGGACAGCUGACAGAUUGUGCGUUGUAGGAGCUGUUCCAUCUCUAUUAGUGGUGUUCACCAUGACGUUGUAAGUUCCGUACUGCUUGUAAGGCCUGCAGUGCAUUGUGGGUACAGCCCUAGUUGGCUCUUCUCUAACAGUUGGUUUUUACAGAAUGAGUGAAUAGACUAUAGAUAGAUAGACGUGCACACACCUACAAAACCAUUAUGUAUCAAAUCGAAAAUACGCAAAAUAUGUUGAAAAAUAUUUAGUCUCUCACAAGGUCAAAAAGGGAACAGAUCCUGUCUGACAGAUGAAAGGAAUGACGCUGUAGUCCGCCGAGACUUAGUAAUCACUCCACCGCGUAUCGCAGGCACAUCCCGCAGCGCAGGGAUUAAGCCCGUCGGUCGCAGAUUUGGGUUUUUUUGUUUUUGUUUUUUUGUCUUCAGAGGAAGCUGUGUGUUGGAUUUUAUUUAAUUCUUAGCCUGGAAGAUAACGGAGUUCUUUUCUGUGAGGUGAGGUACUCUGCAAGGGGUCGGUGGAUCACAGGAAUUGCACCAUAAACAUCAGGAUUGGACAGAAAUAUUGAAAUGCAUAUAUUGAGGCUCUGUAUAAUGUAGGUGCACAGGAAUCAGUUGUGUUUUGUACAAUGCACAAUGUCCUGUUCAUGCAGUAGUAACAUUCACCAAGGACCGGUGUGCUCAAUGGGCAAUUAAAUGCGAUUUCCCUCGGUUUUACCUUUUAUAGACCCUGAUUUGGUUUUGUUCUCAAUUUUGCUUAAUUGUAUCAAAGAAGUUACUAAUAUUUUUUUCUAAAGGUCAAAUACAGUGUAUUUAGAAACUUUUGUCAGUAUGUUCCAUAUUAUACUCCUCUAGCAGAUUUUAGACUAUAUUCUUACAUUUCUAUCCUGAAUAAAACCAAAAUACUGUGUUAUUA